AUGUCACCACUCGGAUCGGUGGCCCUGGCCAAUGGCUCCGCGACGCCAAAGAAAGUCGCCUACUUCUACGACUCCGACAUUGGCAAUUAUGCCUACGUUACCGGUCACCCCAUGAAGCCGCACCGUAUUCGCUUGGCACACAGUCUGAUCAUGCAUUACGACCUGUUUAAGAACAUGGAGAUCUACCGUGCCAAACCGGCUACCAGAGGAGAGAUGACCCAGUUCCAUACAGACGAGUACAUCGAUUUCCUCCAAAAGGUCACCCCCGACAACAUGGACGCCUACCAGAAAGAGCAGGGCAAGUACAAUGUCGGGGACGACUGUCCCGUCUUUGACGGCCUUUUCGAGUUCUGCGGUAUCAGUGCUGGUGGCAGCAUGGAGGGCGCUGCUCGUCUCAACCGACAAAAGUGUGACAUCGCCGUCAACUGGGCCGGUGGUCUUCACCACGCCAAGAAGAGCGAAGCCAGUGGUUUCUGUUACGUCAACGAUAUUGUCCUAGGCAUCCUCGAACUCCUCCGUUUCAAGAAGCGCGUUCUUUACAUCGACAUUGACGUUCACCACGGUGAUGGUGUUGAGGAGGCCUUUUACACGACCGACCGAGUCAUGACUGUGUCAUUCCACAAAUACGGAGAGUACUUCCCUGGUACAGGAGAACUGCGCGACAUCGGCAUCGGUACCGGCAAGUACUACGCCGUUAACUUUCCUCUCCGCGACGGUAUCGACGACACCUCAUACAAAUCCAUCUUCGAGCCGGUCAUUGAGCACGUCAUGAAGUUCUACCAGCCUGAGGCUGUUGUGUUGCAGUGCGGUGGUGAUAGUCUGUCUGGCGACCGACUGGGCUGCUUCAACCUGAGUAUGGAGGGCCAUGCCAACUGUGUAGGUUACGUGAAGAGCUUUGGUCUGCCGACCUUGGUUCUUGGUGGUGGUGGAUACACCAUGCGCAAUGUCGCCCGAACUUGGGCAUUCGAGACCGGUGUUUUGGUCGGCAAGCAUCUGCCUAAGACGCUGCCCUACAACGAGUACUACGAAUAUUAUGCCCCCGAUUUCGAACUGAACGUCCGUCCUUCGAACAUGGAGAACUCCAACAGCUUCGAGUACCUGGAGAAGAUCAAGGCGGCUGUUAUCGACAAUCUUCGACAUACUCAGCCUGCGCCCUCUGUGCAGAUGCAGGACGUGCCUCGACAGCCCUUGGGUGGCAUGACCGACGAAGAAGAGGCUGAGCUCAACGACAUGGACGAGGACGAGCACCCUGAUGAGCGCAUGACACAGCGCCGCUGGGAGCAGCGCACCCGCAACGAGGCCGAUUUCGAGGAUAGCGACGAUGAAGAUAUGGAUGAGGCAAAUGGCAUGACGCGCCCUCGAAACGCCAAGAAACGUACAUUCGGUGACUUCCGUCAAGCUGAAGGAGACGUUGACAGUGGAGCACCUUCACCAGUUAACGGUGCCCCCGAAGGCGAAGAAGCUCCCAACGCUGAGCCGAUUGUGGAUGCCGACAUCACUCUCGAGAACCCUGUCGAGACCGAGGACGUGCCAGAGAAGGAAGCCUCCGAAAAGGAGGUCGCGCCCGAAGCACCCAAGGAGGAUGUCGUUGACGAAGACGGUGAUGUCGGUAUGGGUGACGGAGCCGAUACCGAGGAGGCCACGACGACAAUCAAGAAGGAAGAAGUUGAGGCAGAGCCAACCAAGGUUGCCGAGAAGGAAGAAAAGGAAGACAAGCCGGCAUCGCGCAAGCCGUCGACCGAGCCUCCAGCAGAGCCUGUCGCAACCGAGACGAUAGAGACGGUCGAUGCCACUGAGCCCGCCAAAGAAGUUGCCAAAGAGGCCGAGAUGGAGCCAGCCAAGGAGGCAGAAUUGACCGAGCCCAAGGAGACCAAGGAUGAAGCCGCGCCUGAGGAUCCACCAGCUGAAGUCAAGGAGACCAGUCCAGAAAAGGAGAAGGAGACCGAGGAAAAGACUGAGGAAAAGGCCCCUGAACCCGAAGAAGACAAGAUGGAUGUCGAUGAGAAGCCGGUAGAUGAUGGCACGAAGGAGUAG